GAACGUAAACAUUGGCACGCGAAAGAAUCCAGAAACUACGAGAGUGUGUAGAAACGCAUCUAGCCUACUUUCAUACAUUUGCUCGAUUCUUCACGAUGAUUCUAGCUGUUCACUGGGCUAGGUAUAAAACAAAGCGCACGGCUCUUACCCCAGCAAUCCAGCAAUCAUUGCGCUUAAGCCAAAGGAGAGAACAGUAUUUUGGAAAAGGCCAACCGUACCGAGUGCUUUUCAAAUAGCGCUGAAGUGAAAGUGAAAGGCGUUGGUGAACAGUCUGAACAGCAGUAGGCUAGUGAAGACAGAGGAAGUUUUCAGAUCAGAAAAAGUACCAGUAGAUCUAUAAAGACAAGAUGGCGAAGGCUCCAGCUAUCGGCAUUGACCUGGGCACAACGUACUCGUGUGUGGGCGUAUUCGAGCACGGAAAAGUGGAGAUCAUUGCAAACGAUCAGGGCAACAGAACCACACCGAGCUACGUGGCUUUCACCGACAGUGAGAGGCUCAUUGGUGAUGCUGCCAAAAAUCAAGCUGCGCUGAAUCCGGCCAAUACCGUGUUCGAUGCCAAACGACUCAUUGGGAGAAAGUUUGACGAUAAGACAGUUCAGGAUGACAUGAAGCACUGGCCCUUCAAAGUGGUGGAAGUGGAUCAUCGGCCCAAAAUUCAAGCAGAAUACAAAGGUGAGAACAAAUUGUUUGCUGCUGAGGAAGUGAGCUCCAUGGUUCUGACAAAGAUGAAGGAGACCGCGGAGGCGUUUUUGGGGAAGAAAGUGACCGAUGCUGUCAUCACGGUGCCUGCGUACUUCAACGACUCUCAGAGGCAAGCCACCAAGGAUGCCGGCGCUAUCGCUGGACUUAACGUGCUGCGCAUAAUUAAUGAGCCCACUGCUGCCGCUUUGGCGUACGGGCUGGACAAAGGACAAAAGGGAGAGAAGCAUGUACUGAUCUUUGACCUGGGUGGGGGCACGUUUGACGUCAGUGUCCUCGCCAUCGACGAGGGGUCAAUAUUUGAGGUCAAGGCUACGGCUGGAGAUACACAUCUGGGAGGGGAGGAUUUCGACAACCGACUGGUCGCUCAUUUCAUUCAAGAGUUUAAGAGGAAACACAACAAGGACAUCAGCAAGAACGCCCGAGCCAUUCGCCGGCUCCGCACGGCGUGUGAGAGAGCCAAGAGGACCCUGAGUAGCAGCUCCGAGGCCUCCAUCGAGAUCGACUCUCUCUUUGAGGGCAUCGACUACUACACCAAAGUGUCUCGAGCCAGAUUCGAAGAGUUGUGCGGCGACUUGUUCCGGAACACUCUUGAACCUGUGGAAACAGCUCUCCGAGAUGCGAAGCUCGACAAGGGGAAAAUUGAUGAAGUCGUCUUGGUGGGAGGCUCAACUCGAAUCCCCAAAAUCCAAAAACUUCUGACGGACUUUUUCAACGGCAAAGAACUGAACAAGUCGAUUAACCCUGACGAGGCCGUGGCUUAUGGCGCUGCGGUUCAGGCUGCUGUUCUGACUGGGGACACGAGCGAGACCAUCCGAGAUGUCCUGUUGGUCGAUGUGGCGCCUCUUUCCCUCGGGAUCGAGACAGCUGGCGGCGUGAUGACGUCUCUGGUCAAACGAGGAACGACGAUUCCCACGAAGACGUCGCAGACGUUCACGACGUUCUCCGACAACCAGCCCGGUGUGGACAUCCAGGUGUACGAGGGCGAGAGAUCCAUGACCAAGGACAACAACCUCCUCGGGAAAUUUGAGCUGUCGGGAAUCCCACCAGCCCCACGAGGGAUUCCACAAAUAGAUGUGACCUUUGACAUUGACGUGAACGGAAUCCUGAAUGUCACUGCAAAAGAAAAGAACACGGGAAAGACGAACCAAAUCACCAUCAAGAACGACAAGGGCAGACUCAGCCAGGCAGACAUCGAUCGCAUGCUGGCGGACGCGGAGAAAUACAAGGAGGAGGACGAGAAGCAGAGAGAGCGAGUGAGCGCCAGGAACCAGCUGGAGAGCUACAUCUUCAACGUGAAGCAAGCAGCCGAGGCUGCAGCAGACAAACUGGCAUCCUCCGACAAAGACGCGGUGCUCAAAGCGUGCGACGAUGCUCUCAAGUGGUUGGACAAUAACUCGCUCGCCGAGAAAGAAGAGUUCGAAGAUCGUCUGAAGGAGCUGCAGAAGACGACGUCAGACAUUAUGGCCAAGUUGCACUCCCAAGGUCAGAGUGGACAGUCUGGGGCAGGUCAAGGUCAAAGUGGGCCCAAUGUUGAGGAAGUCGACUGAGUUCUGAGUUAGGAAGGAUUUUUUUCCUGUUUUGUGAACUCUUAUUUCAUAAUAUAACUAUAUUGACCUGGUGAUGUCUUUAUACAAGAAAUUUCUUCUCCCGUGUUAAGUUCACUCUUUUUGAAGAUGUUCCAUGUUUGUCAAAUUUUCCACAAAUCUGUUCCUGUUUGUUAGACCUUGGAAUCUGAACAGUUUUAAAAAAUGUAAAAGAUAUUCUCUGUUUCUAAUUUAUUAGAAAAUAUUGACAAUAAUAAUGAUAAAACAAUAAUAGUAAUAAUAAUAUAUAGCACAUACAUAUUACAAAGUCCUGCUCAACAGUAAGCUGUAUGCACUUUACAAUCUGUACCCCAGCAGACGUGAUCGCCUUGUGAAACAAUGAUGACGAGUCUGGUAGCCAGACCACGAGACUACUACAUGUACUUCUUACCAGUAUUUUACCUCCACGCCCCCCCCCCCCCUCCAAAUUCUUUACUUAUUUACUUUCCCUGUUGUUCUAUUCAUUCCACUCCCUUCCAAUACUUCUAUUCAAAUUGUGUCCACAAUAUCUGCCCCUACACAUGAAGACUGGGACACAAUAUCUGCCCGUGCACAUGAAGAUUGAGACACAAUAUCUGCCCGUGCACAUGAAGUUGAGAUACAGUAUCUGCCUGUGCACACGAAGGAUGAGACACAAUAUCUAAUAUGUAUCACGUUUGUGUAUGAAAUUAUUUAUGUUCAGGAGUGAGGCCAUUAAGACAUCUUAAUGUUAUAGGGCUACUGCUGCCUAUAAAAUCACAUCUUUUAUUGUAACAGAUUAGUUGUACAGCAUGUGUGUGGCCAUUAAAAGGACUUAAUUAACGUUAUACUUACUUAUAUAUACUGCUGCCUGUGAAAUCCCAUCUUUUACUGACAGAUCAGCUGUACAUCAUGUGUGUGUGGCUCAGUUAAUGUAGCUGUGUUUCUUUCUUCCUCUUAGUCUUACUACAUGUUGCAGUGUUUGUUUUCAGGACAGGAACAUUCUCCAUGUGUACUUCUACUUGUAGUUGUUUUUGCUAACCUUUGAUCACUUGGUAUUACGGACUUGUUUCUUUUGCUUACUAAAAAUAAACUUGUUGAACUGAUAA